AAGUGAGGUGGCCUUUCUCGACAGCAAGCGAAAAAUAAACACGUAACCGUCGAGCGGCUGCGACUACAAGAGAUUGGAAGCGACACGACUGCUUUAGAUGGAAGGAUAGACAUAAGACGCAGUUAUUAGUAGCAAAACUCAACAUAGGCCAUCUUUCUAAAGCAGAAAUAGCGGAUUGCUGCGGCUGAAGUGCAAGAUGGUGCGAGCCGCUCUUGCGACAGGCACCAGUUUGGUGCUGACUGGCGCAGUGGUUGCUCAUGCCUACUUCCUCAAGCACCAGUUCUACCCCACUGUGGUAUACCUCACUAAAAGCAGCCCUAGCAUGGCAGUUUUAUACAUUCAGGCUUUCGUUUUGGUUUUCCUUUUGGGGAAAUUAAUGCGGAAAGUUUUUUUUGGGCAACUGAGAGCUGCUGAAAUGGAGCAUCUGAUUGAACGCUCCUGGUAUGCGGUGACCGAGACCUGUUUAGCCUUUACAGUCUUCAGGGAUGAUUUCUCUCCUCGCUUUGUGGCCCUUUUCACUUUGCUGCUUUUCCUCAAGUGCUUCCACUGGCUGGCUGAAGACAGGGUGGACUUU